GUGACGACUAUCGCGAUGCGCUCACUCGGACAGCCACCACCGUCUACUUAUUGACCUCGCUAUCGCUCUCCUGCCUCACAACCAUCCAUCUCACUCACCAUGGACUUCAUCAUGAGCCAAUCCAACGACCGCCGUGACGACAACAAUGCGCCCCGCCGCCACCACGGUGGCGAGCAAGAGUACUACGAGGGCGGGCCGCCACAUUCAGAGUACCCUGGCGGAGGGGGCCGGCCUCCGUUCGAGGGCGAGGGGCCAGGCUACGGGGGCCCUCCUCCUGGUCAGCACGGGCAACACCACCGCCACCACGAAGGCCAGCCGCCCUUUGAAGGAGGCGGGGGAGGGGGCGCACCGUAUGACUCUGACCGCCGCCAAGGAGAGCAUGCGGGUUACGCGCCGUCUUACGGCGGAGGGCCGCGCCCGGAGUAUGGCGGGGGAGGCGCUGAAUACGGCUCCUCCGGAUACGGCGAGGGCCGUCGCCCGCAGCAUGAGAGCGAUGGAGGCUAUGGCGCCUCUGAUGGUGGCCGUCGCCCUGCACACGAAAGCGGUGGUGGGGAGUACGGCGCACAACGUCGCUACGGGGAGGGCGGUGCCCAGCAUAGGACCGAGACGGGGGAGGAAUAUGCUGCGCCCUACUCUUCCGAAAGCGAGGGCCGCCGCCCCGAGUAUGGAGGCGGGAAUGGCGCGUAUGGCGCUGCUCGCCCCCAUGCACAAAACGGCCCUGCCUACCAAGGCAGUGAGGGCUACAGCUCGUCGGGCUAUGGUACAGAGGGCCGCCAACAGCCUGGUGGAAACCAGGGCUAUGGUGGGCAGAGUGCAGGCUACGGUGGGCAGAGCGCAGGCUAUGGUGCUCAGCAGCAGCAGCAGCAGCACGGCCAGGCAGCCUCGUACUACAGUGAUGGCAACGACGAGUACAGCUCGCGCCCGCAACAGGGUGGUGGUGCCCCGUCGCACUACGGUCAGAGCGGCGGUCAGCAGUACGGCGGCCAGUCUCAGUCUGGUGGUGGUCCGCAGUACACUUCUCAGCCUCAUUCGGGCGCGCCGAACCAAGGGCGCCCGGAUCUGGGAAACCACGAGAGCAUUGCGAACAGCGCGAGCCAGCAGAGCGGCCAGGACCCCUCCCUGUUCCACAAUGCACUGCAGCAUGUGACGAACCACUCGAGCCAGCAAACCGAACCCGUUGAUGAGGAGGGCGUGCAGCAGGCGCACAACGUUGCGUACCAGCAGGGCAACGCCAGCAGCCUGGGUGCGAGCUCCAUUGGCGGCGCUGCCGCCCUCCAGGCCAUGAAGAUGUUCACGUCUGGCAGCGGCGGUGGCUCCGGCUCCUCGUCUGACAUGAUCAGCCUCGCCAUGUCUGAGGCGGGUAAGCUGUUCGACUCGUCCGGCGGAGCGUCGUCGGGCAACAAGCAGGAUGCGGUCAACAGCGCGGCGAUGACGGUCAUGAAGCUGCUGGUGAAGAGCAAGUUCAGCGGUACGACUGGUGGGAGCAACAGCGGCGGCUUGGGCAGCCUGAUGGGUCUGGCCUCGAAAUUCAUGUAAAGUGGGAAUGGAAGGUUGCGUCGAAGUUUCUUGAGCGGACUUGCGAGCCGCAGUGUAACAAGUUCACUAAGGAUGUACAGUGUUGUUGUACAGUCCGUGUCUAUUCAAAGCGAGAUUCAGGAUACAUUCAAGAACAUCG